CUGAAGUUCACUGUUUGAUUACAAGUCAUGUAUCAUACAUACAACACACUUAACCUCAAACUGUCAGACUUUGAGAAGCGUAACAAUAGCCCAAUAAUCAGUUAUAUUUUCUUAUUUCGCAAUUUACAAUCGCGUGAGAGUUGAAAUAAUAGAAGUCCCUCAUAUCUCAAAAGUUUUCUCACUCUCGUUAGAAAAUUAUAACCUACAACGUUCCCCCAAUUAGCUGGUAUUUUCGAUACAAUGGAACCGUUGUUCUAUCAGUAAAUAAUAUAAAGGUUCAGGGAUUAUUUCCUGGAGUAGACAAAAGGCGAUUUCCGAAGAUUUGUUUAUCAGGCUGUGAGUGAAUUCCAAUGUCUUUCGAAAAUGAAGUUAAUCAAGCAAGUGAGAACCCUCAAAAUUCUCAUUGGGAUACCCUGUGUCAAUUGGCAAAUGCCAAUAAAGAAUUUUUCUCCCCACAUCAAGAUGAAUGUGGAUUGAGAAUUUGUACUGCACACAUCGUAGUACUCGAUAUAGUGAAAGAAUUACGUCCAUUGUGCGAAGAAAUAGCAGCAAUUGCUCCUCAAUAUGACUUUGAUGAGAAUACACCUGGUAAUGGCUACAGAAGUUUUAUUUCUCUCGUCGAUAAAUCUAUUUUACAUUGUGAGGGAAUUUGCCAACAAAUCUACAAUCUCAGGGAAUCUGUACUUUUCAGAAAAACAAAUUAUAUGAGGGAAAUUGAGGCGUGCUCCCAGCUCAUAGCCUCCUUGAGCACCUUUUUGCAUCAUCUGAAGGUCCUUCAUAGUUGGAGUGAAUUAGGAAUGGACAACAGACCCUCCCUGUUUCCAUCAGAGGAGCACAGUUCACAGGAAUUAUUGGAUCAGGCCGGGAAUAUUGAUCAAUACUGUUUUUAUGGGAGGUGUUUGGGUUUUCAAUUCAAGGACAGCAUAAAAUACCUCAUGAAAACAGUACUAGUAUCUAUGGCCUCGUUUAGUGAGGCUUAUUACACGAAUGGAUCAUUUCUCGGCAGAUGUACUAACUCAGUGAAAUACGUGAUUGAUCCAGAAGCACGUGCACGUCGUAUUGUUAAUGUGUCACAGAGGGCAGACGUUUAUUUCUGCAAAUCAUUUUGGUAUUUACAUGAUACUCAUUUACUUCACUUUGUACGAGUUAUGAUGAUUCCAAGUUUGGCUAUCAACCAAGUGAUCUCCAUCCCACCUGAACCACUGUCUAUACCUUCGAUAAGUGGUGGUCCAGAUGUUCAAAUACCAAUUCCAGUCAGUCAUGUUGGAAAGAAACCAAUUCAUGUCAAACUAUGGAGUUCAAAGCGUAGAAUAGGAAUGGUGGGAUCAGCAAGGGCCGGUGGAGAACUGUAUGGACCAUCUGAUGUACUUGUGUUUCAUUGUCAUGGUGGGGGAUUCGUUGCAGACAGCCCAAAAUCCCACGAAACUUACCUCGCAAGUUGGGUGGUUGCUCUGGAUGUGCCAAUAAUCAGCAUUGACUAUAGUCUAUCGCCGGAAGCACCUUAUCCACGUGCUCUCGAAGAACUAGUGUACACUUAUGCCUGGGCUCUGAAACAUGCCAAUUCCCUCCUUGGAACUAAUGCCAAAAAAGUGAUACUCAUUGGUGAUUCUGCUGGUGCUAAUUUAAAUCUUGGAUUGGCUGCUAAAUGUUUACAACUUAAUAUCAAAAAACCCGAUGGUAUUUUCAUGGCCUAUUGUCCUGUUCUUGUCGAAUUUGUACCGUCUCCUUCGAGAAUGCUUGGUCUUACUGAUCCAUUAUUACCGUUUGGAUUCAUGAUGAGAUGUUUGCGGGCUUAUGUCCUUGGGGACACGACGUUGGAUAAGAAGGACAAGGACAAUGGCAGUGGAGAAUUCUCAAAAUCAGAUACUGAAUCAUUUGCUGAAGUUUCAGAGAGUGAUUUGAUCGCAAUUGCACUCAGUCCACAUGGAGAUAAGGCUGACGAGAGCCAAUUGGCUUCAUUACCGUCUGAUUCGACACUGAACUCUGUUAGUUUAGCUGAAGUUGACAAUACGCAUGGAGUUGAACUUACCAAAAGCGAAGACAAAAGUGAGACCACUUCUCAGGAGUAUAUUCGAAAAUUUUUAGAUCUUUAUAAGAAUAUGAGCUUCAAAAGGUCAAGCACAUCUGUAGUUGAGCAGACUGCUAAUGAUUUUGAUAUUUCCGAUGGAAAAGAAACUUCAAAUUUCUUUGGAUUUCCGGUUCCCAGGAGUGGAAGCAGAAUUAGGGAGCUCGAUACUACUUGUUCAAAAAGUCCUACUGAAGAAUUUGUCUUUACUGUUCCAAAGGAUCCUUACUUGAGUCCCUAUCGACAUACUGAUGAAGUACUUAGACAAUUACCGCCAUGCAAAAUAAUCACUUCUGAUUUGGAUCCUUGUCUCGACGACUGCGUGAUGUUUGGUAGAAAAUUGAGAGCCCUCGGGAAUAAUGUUACAUUGGAUGUUUUUACCGGCCUACCCCACGGCUUCUUGAAUAUGACAGUGGCAUCUAAAGAAGCAGCCGAUGCUUCCGAACGCUGCGUCAAAAGGAUACAGGAAUUGAUCGAUAUGUAACUCUAUUCCACCAGAAAAAAUAUUGAAUAUUUUAUUAUCUAAAACUCAAAAAUCAUGGGAGCGCUCCAAUGAAGUAGUCGAUUGGCGUUUUUCUUUUUCUGUGAUUAGACAUAGGGUAAAUUGUGGCAAUAUUUGCGUUUCAAUAUUUUUAUCCAUUUUUUUAAACUUUUGCAUAUUUAUUAUGGUGAUAUUUGCAACCUGGGAGUGACAAUAUGACAUGCCGUAUGGUCGAUUCGUAUUGGAGGCUUUUUUAGGGAUCUGUACUUCUGAAUAAUUUUGCAAUGAGCUGGCUUACCGAAUUUGGAUAAUUUGUUGACGGGGACGUUAAAAAAGAUGUUUAAAAUAAAUGGCAAGUGAAAAAGGUAUUUCUAGCUCACUGCAAAUUUUUUCACCAUUUUAGGUGACUGACCUCUUAAGGUCAACUUUUAGAAUUGUGCCUUCUCCAUUAGCAAUUAUUAUUUUUAAUCAUGAAACCAUACUAUUUACUUAACAAUGCAAUAAUUCAGUCAACAAAAUAGUAUCAUAGAGGAAAAUUAAUAAUUUUAGGCGAACACGAUUCUAAAAGUCUGCAUGGACACAGGGGUUCUGAUACCUCUUCAGAAUAUGCGAAUAUAUUUCCGUGUGGCACUGUCUACAUGGUAUAUUUAAUUACUUCCAAUCAUUAAAUUUGACGGUCAAGUUGUGUAUGAUUCAAAUUACAUUCUGUGCAGAAUUAUUUUCUUACGUUGGGUGCUUAUAAAAAACUCAUUGAAAUCGUGUCAAAUUUUGUAAAUCUUUUUGCUUUAGGUGUGCAAGCGAUUUCUGGGAUUACUCUGAAAGUGAAUAAAUUUGUUACGGUUCCGGAGAAAUGAUUUUUAUGGGAGAAAAUUGAUUGCAUAUAAAUUAUUUGACGAAACUACAUUUAAGCAAAAACUCUUCAUAUAAAAUACAUCCAGUUACCUUGCUGAAUCGAGUAAGUAAACUAUAAAAAAAUUAUCUAGUUGAAACGGACAUAUAUUUUGCGAAUGCGGGGGGUUUUACGCAAUCAAUGCUUCAAGAAUUUGAAGGUUUGGACUUGAACGUAUUAGUUUCAGUCGAGUGCUAUCUAACGCUGGCGUCAAGUACUCGGGAAUGUCAUAAAAUACAUGAUUCCCUCAGAAUCAAUAGUUUUAAUAGCACCGAGUAAUUUCUUCUAUUUAUUGAACCUACAGAAUUGAUGGAUAUAAAUGUUUUUUUGUUGCUUACAACGAAUUUAUUGAUAUUUUUUAUACCCAACGUUAAUUAUCACCAGAUCAUAUAUUGUUGUCAAGAUGAUAUUGAGUAGAAGAAAGUAAAGAAAUAAUAGAACGGGAGAUAUGACCAAAGGAAUAUAUAAAUUAAUGGCAAGGUAAAACCAAUGUAGAAAUACAAGAAAAUUUUAUUGACAUUUUGUACAGCAGUAAAUUGAUACGAUCAAAGUAAAACGGAAGAAAAUGAGGACGAAAGGUGGGAAUUGAAUUAAAAAAUAAUGAAGGAAGAGAGAGAAAUGCUAGCAUGUAAUUUCAUUCAUUUACUGACUGGAUGUUUGUCGGUUUGUAUCUGAUUGUGGAUGCACUGUUUUUUGUAGUACAUGUGCGUCUGCAGGUUCAAUUCUCUUGUAAUAUUGUUGCUUCGUUGCUACAAUUUCGAAGCCGAACUUUUUAUAAAAGUCAAUAGCUCCCUCAUUGUUGACUUGAACGUGU